GGCUUCAUACACAGCCUUAGAGUCUUAGUAGCUCGCUCACUAAGCUAUCAUAUCAAUGGCGUCCACUACUUCCAUGCCCUCGGUCCUCUUCCUCCUCCUCGCCGCCUUCGCAGCCAGCGCAAGCGCAGCCACCUUCACCAUAAAGAACAACUGUGGUUACACGGUGUGGCCGGCUGGCAUCCCCGUCGGCGGCGGCACGCAGCUGAACUCAGGCCAGACAUGGACCGUCAACGUGCCCGCCGGCACCAGCGGCCGGUUCUGGGGCCGCACCGGCUGUUCCUUCAGCGGCGGGAGCGGCCACUGCGACAGCGGUGACUGCGCCGGUAAGCUCUCCUGCACCGUCUCCGGCCAGACGCCGGCGACGCUGGCCGAGUACACCAUCGGCGGCACUGGCAACCCGCAGGAUUACUACGACAUCUCGUGUGUUGAUGGCUACAACCAGCCCAUGUCCUUCUCCUGCAGCACCGGCGUUGCGCUGUCGUGCACGUACGCCAAAUGCCCUGAUGCGUACCAGUACUCGACUGAUGACACCAAGACCCAUGCUUGCAGUGCCAACAGCAACUACCAGAUCACCUUCUGCCCGUGAAGAAGCGGCACAGAUGGUGAUCACGUCGAUCACAGAGCCACGCAACAGACAGUUCAUUCCUAUAUUAUGAAUAACUAGCACUGUCUAGCUAAGAUUACAGUUCAUAAUAUAUAAGAUAUGUAAUAAAUAAUAAAUCGUCCUUGUGUGCAUGUAUACGGAUAUAUGACACACUUUGCGUGUUUGUACUUGACUAUGAAGAACAUUCUUAAUAUAUACAUGUUUUCGUCAAAUAAUGAUGUGGA